UGAGACGCGGGUUGAUCAGAGCAACGUGUUCGUUCAGACUCAGUUUGUUACCGAGAGAAUCACAUGUGAGAUGCUAACUCGAAGGAGGUUAGCUUUACAUUAUCCACCCGAGGUGCUAGCUCCCAUUAGCUAACACGUGUAGCUGACGCUGGAGAACUCAUCUCAGAAAGUUCACGUCGGCACAGAGAGCUGCGAACACGGAUCGAAUCUGACCGGAAGUGGGUUAAAACGCGAAACUCUGAACGCGUGCUGUUAGCUUAGCGCAAACACGCUGAGCUAGCAACGCGGAAGUUCGCCCUCUUCCGCGUCUUGCGGCCGCUCCUCGCCCGACGGUUGGUCGCUCUCCAGCGGGGAAGAACUACCUCUCCACCGGAAUCAUGAAUUACGCUCGGUUUCUGACGGCUGUUAGUGCAGCUCGAAAUCCCUCUGCCAUCAGGAUGCUGACUGAGCUGCAGCAGCGGUCCCCUCCGACCCUGAUCUCAUUGGCCGGUGGAGCGCCGAACCCCAACACCUUCCCCUUCGAGUCGGCGUCCAUCACGGUGAAGAAUGGACAAACGCUCACCUUCGAUGCGACUACGAUGAAGAGGGCUCUGCAGUACUCCGCUUCGAGUGGAAUCCCAGAGCUGCUGACGUGGAUGAAGAACCUGCAGAAAAACCUCCACAAUCCACCGUCCGCCAACUACACCGUGGAGAACGGCCAGAUGGACCUGUGUGUGACCACAGGCAGCCAGGAGGGGCUCUGUAAGGUGUUUGAGAUGCUGGUCAACCCUGGAGACAACGUUCUGCUGGAUGCCCCCACGUACUCAGGGACACUGGCAGCGCUUCAGCCACUCGGUUGCAACUUAAUCAACGUUCCCAGUGAUCAGCAUGGCAUCGUACCUGCGGCCCUGAAGGAGGUCUUGUCUCGGUGGGACCCGUCAGAGGUCCACAAGCCCGGCAGCACCGCUCCCAAAGUCCUCUACACUAUCCCCAAUGGAGGAAACCCCACCGGUGCCUCCAUGACGGCUCAGAGGAAGAAAGACGUGUACGAGCUCGCCCGGCAGUACGACAUGCUCAUCAUCGAGGACGACCCGUACUAUUUCCUGCAGUUUGACAAGCCGUGGACUCCCACGUUUCUCUCUAUGGACGUUGAUGGGAGAAUCAUCAGGACAGACUCCUUCUCUAAGAUCCUGUCUUCAGGGCUGAGGAUUGGUUUUGUGACGGGUCCGAAACCGUUGGUGGACCGGGUGGUGCUGCACAUCCAGGCCUCAACGAUGCACACUAGUACCUUCACACAGCUCAUGGUGUCUCAGCUGUUGCACAAUUGGGGACAAGAUGGUUUCCUCCAGCACAUAGACAGGGUGAUUGACUUCUACAGGAAACAGCGUGAUGCCAUGAUCACCUCCGCAGACAAGUGGCUCAAAGAUGUGGCAGAGUGGCACACUCCAUCAGCAGGCAUGUUCCUGUGGAUCAAACUUAAAGGCGUCGCUGACACUCAAAGGCUCAUUAUGGAGAAGGCGUUGGAGAAAGAGGUUCUGUUGGUUCCCGGAGGCGUCUUCAUGAUCAACAGUAAUGAACCCUGUCCCUAUGUCAGAGCAGCUUUCUCUCUCUCUACACCGGAACAGAUCGAUGAGGGUUUCAGAAGACUCUCUCUGCUCAUCAAAGAAGCUUUGUGAUGACUGUUCCCUGGUACAUGAUGUAUGUUUUCUAACUUAAGUUUAAAUAUAUUUUAAUAUAUUUGCUGCCUGAAGCAAAACCCCACAAAGAAUAGUUUUAAUAUGAUGCUCACUACUCAAACAGCUCUGGAGCAACGAAAACUAAAAUGAAUGUGUUGCUCUGUUGUUACACUACACACAAAGGUUGUCUCCUUCAUCUACAAAGUAAAUAAUGGCUUUUAAUUAUCCUAUGAUUCAAUGUUUUUGUUCUACUGAAGCCUCAAAACACAAUUAUUCCUGAUGAAAUGGUUCCAAACACAGAAUGUUAAUAAUCAUGGAUGUGAAUGAGAUGCAUCGGCAUCACUUUUACAGAGCUGGUAUGUCGUCCAUAUUGAUAUUUAUGUACCAUCUAUGAUUGUAAUUUGAGAAUACAGAGAAACAAACGCA